ACCGGCUCGCAACUGGCCUGUGCGAGCUGCUUCCCGGUCCCGCGCGCUGCGCUCACGGCUGCUGCCCGGCCGCUUCCUGUGCGGGGUGAGCCGGGAACCGCCGGCCUCAUCCGGACCCGCUGGGCUAGUGUCUGCCUGCUGCGACCCCGCAGGGGCUCCGAACCGCGUCUGAUUCCAGAACUUCAGAGCUGGACGCACCGACCCCGAGAUGACUUGAAAAGAUGUCUGGAUUUCUAGAAGGUAUGAGGUGCUCCGAAUGCGUUGAUUGGGGUGAAAAGCGGAAUACUAUUGCCUCCAUCGCUGCUGGUGUUCUAUUUUUCACAGGCUGGUGGAUUAUUAUAGAUGCAGCUGUUAUUUAUCCCACCAUGGAGGAGUUCAACCACUCAUACCACGCCUGUGGAGUUAUAGCAACCAUAGCCUUCCUGAUGAUUAAUGCAGUGUCGAAUGGACAAGUUCGAGGUGACAGUUACAGUGAAGGCUGUCUGGGUCAAACAGGUGCUCGUAUCUGGCUCUUCAUUGGCUUCAUGUUGGCCUUUGGCUCGCUCAUCGCGUCCAUGUGGAUUCUUUUUGGAGGUUAUGUUGCUAAGGAAAAACCCAUAGUCUAUCCUGGAAUUGCUGUAUUUUUCCAGAAUGCCUUCAUCUUUUUUGGAGGGCUGGUUUUUAAGUUUGGCCGCACCGAGGACUUAUGGCAGUGAAGAUGAGGGGUUGCUGGAGCACGACUGCCCUACAUGGAGGUUUUUUUUUUUUUUGGUUUUUUGGUUUUUUGGUUUUUUUUUUAAACUGCUCACCCUCAGUCUUUUGUAAUGCUGUUUUCUAAACUUAUUUCUGAGUGUAAUCUCAGCUUAAAGACGUGUAAUGCUAAAAUCGUGAGAACUCACUAUGUAAACAGCAACACAAUCCAGCGUGGCAUACAGUUGAUCAACUUCUACAGCAUUAAAGGAAACUUUGCAAGAGUCACUCCGUCAGGUUCUAUCAUGGUCUAAAGAAUCGAUUACAAAGAAAUAGUCAUUGGGAUGAGGAUUUGCUCCUCCGUCCAAUGUUGACUAAGCUCAGCCUCUUCUGUGUCUGAUAUUGAAUGAUGUAUGAACAUUUUCUUGUUAUUAAAAACUAUUCAGUGGACAAAGUUCUUUUUCAUUA